AAGAAAAGAUGAUUUUCCAAUAGUAUAGAAUUAACGGGGAAAAAGAAGCACACACUGGCAUACCCAAGUGAAUCAAAGUAGCCCAUAUAUCCCAUCCCCAUCUUAGUUUGAGUUGAGUGGUCGGCCAUGCUAAUUGUAGCCAAGCAAAAGAGAAAAGGCUCCUCCUCCUCCUCCUCCUCCUCCUAUCUAGCCUACUAGAUACCUCAUCUCAAACCCAGAAAUCAGUUGAACCCAAAUGAUACUAAUUCCUCUUUGUUCUUAUUCUUUGUCACUUAAUUCUCUCAUAUAUCUCAUACUUCCCCUGGUUUUGUUCAUGCAAGAUCCAAAGAACUUACAAGCAGCAAGGUAUGCCAAAGAAGCCUUGGUAUCAAAGAGCAAUAGAGAUGGGCACUCUUUGGAGAUCAAACAGGAGUGGUCCCAAGCUUCCCACAGAUCAAGUUUCAACACCAAAUGCUACAACCUUGUGGAAAACCAUUACCAAAUCAACAAGCAACAAUGUUCCUAAUUCUUCGACUUCCAGUAGACAGAAGCUGAGAAAAUGUGCUUCCUUAAAGGUUGCGACUUCGUUUACUAGGGUUUGUCUUUGUGCACCGAUCUCUUCGUACAAUGAGGUUUUCAGGGCUGAACUCCCACCAAGAAGAAGCAAUAGUUACCCGAGAUCGGUGGCGACAACGCAAGAUCAAAGAAGCAUCACCACUCUGAACACGAGGCUUAGCACUUCUGAGAGAAGAGUUUUCCGUGGGAAAUCACUUACAGAAGACGUUUUGAUGAGACGGUUCGUUUUGGAAGAAGAAGCAAUGAUGCACGUUAGAAGGAGAAAUCAAAUGGAAGUUACAAGGAGAAAAAGUAAAAUGAGGAGGAAGAAUCUUGGGCCUAGUCGUCUUUGUAGAAUGGUUAUGGCUAGGGAAGAGGAUAAUCAAUAAGUUUAGUUUCAUUUUUAAAGAUCGCUUUAUCAAUUGUUUCAAUCCCGAUGGUGAAUUUUGGACU